ACAAAGACGGUGAAAACAUUGUCAGUAUUAAGAAGAGAGAACAGAAAAGCAUGUAUGCGCACGCCUAAGAAUGAAAAAGAUAGUAAGAGGGUGCAAAGGAGGGAGAAUAGAGGCGUGCAGCAAGCAGUACGACAGGACGUAGAACGGCCGCUGCCGUGGUGUUUGGGCUCGGCUCGGUUGUGCCGCAUCCGUUAUGACGAUACGAUAAUCCAGCGCUUAGCGCUGUGACCGUGUUACUUGCCAUUAUUGACAUUUAUAUUUUAUGAAAAGUUCAGAAAGAACGUGAUGGAGGUUUAUUGUUUUCUAAUUUGAUUGGUAGACUGUUUCUUCGUUGAUCGUUAGAAUUCAUUCAUACGCCAUGUGCCAUUGCUCUACGUGUAUUUCCUUUCUCCCUGGAUUGUAUUCGGUUAAAUUUUCAUAAAAAUAUUCUUCUAACAAGUUUGCCGGUGAAUUAUUUUAAUAAAAAUUUCUAUUAGUGAUCCUGGUGUUUUGUGUUAGUGUAAGUGCAACGAGUAAUUUUUUCUUUUUAUACUUUUAAAUUUUUAUACGGCUUAAAUUGAAAGUCAAAAUAAGAACAAUAACGGGAGGAAUAGAAAAGAGGAUAGACGGUGCAUUUGCUGAGUUUAAGUAGGAAAGAUAUCUCAUAAGGAGCGCAAGUGGCGUAUCAAGAUGGCGCAUAAUUUGGCACCGAGCGUCAACUGUUCGCUCGACGACAUUGAUCUGAAUGCUUUGAAAGAACCUGCAGGUAUCUUUGAAUUAAUUGAAGUUGUUGGAAAUGGAACUUAUGGUCAAGUUUAUAAAGGUCGGCAUACCAAAACUGGUCAAUUGGCAGCCAUUAAAGUUAUGGACGUCACAGAAGAUGAAGAGGAAGAAAUCAAAUUAGAAAUUAAUGUAUUAAAAAGGUAUUCGAAUCACAGAAAUAUAGCAACGUAUUACGGUGCCUUCGUGAAGAAGUCAUCACCAGGAAAAGAUGAUCAAUUGUGGUUGGUUAUGGAAUAUUGCGGAGCUGGCUCCGUUACAGAUCUGGUCAAGUCAACUAAAGGCCAGAGUUUAAAGGAGGAAUGGAUUGCGUAUAUAUCGCGGGAAAUAUUGAGAGGACUUAGUUAUCUUCACAGCAAUAAAGUUAUACACAGGGAUAUUAAAGGGCAAAAUGUUCUGUUAACCGAUAAUGCUGAAGUUAAACUUGUUGAUUUUGGCGUUAGUGCACAAUUAGAUCGGACAAUAGGUAGGAGAAAUACAUUUAUUGGAACGCCAUAUUGGAUGGCUCCAGAAGUAAUAGCCUGUGAUGAAAAUCCUGACGCCACGUAUGAUAACAGAAGUGAUCUUUGGUCAUUGGGAAUUACCGCUUUAGAAAUGGCCGAAUCACAACCUCCACUUUGCGAUCUUCAUCCUAUGCGGGCUUUAUUUCUGAUCCCACGUAAUCCACCACCAAGACUCAAAUCGAAAAAGUGGGCGAAGAAAUUCCACGGUUUUAUUGAAACGGUUUUAGUAAAGGAUUAUCAUCAAAGGCCGUAUACGGAACAACUCCUUAAACAUCCGUUUAUUCGGGACCAACCAACGGAAAGACAAGUUAGGAUACAACUUAAAGAUCAUAUUGAUCGCUGUAAAAAGCGUAAACAGGAGAAAGAGAGAGACGAUUAUCGAUAUAGUGGUAGUGAGAAUGAAGAAGAUGAACCAGCAUUAGCCGGUGAAGCAUCAUCCAUUGUUCAAGCACCUGGUGGUGACACAUUGCGUAGGAAUUUCCAGCAAAUUCAGGAAGGUAGAACUUUAACUCAAGAAGUAAAUCCUCAACCACCUGCUGCUAAAGAAAAACCGAGUAGCAGAGCUCAAAGAGAUAUACCAGAGCCAGGACCACCUGCACGACCUGCCAUUCCACACAGAUUAAUCGUAGUUCCAGAUCCACAACCACCGUCUCGGCCAUUACCUCCAACACCUAGGGAUGAUCCACGACAACCUCAUAAAGUUUCGACACCACCCUCUAAUCAUCAACCUCUUAUCGGUGGAGGCGGUAGUGGAGGAUCUGGUGGACAAUCAGCAUCACAAAGAAACAGUCAUGUUUUUAAACCUAUGCUGCCUCCAAGGAAACCAGAGGACUUGGACAUGCUGGCCGCUCAACUCAACGAGCUUGGUGUGUCACAGGGCCCAGAGGCCCCGCCAAGGCCAAACAGGCAGCAUAAGGCUCCAUCAUCAACGUCGAAUUCCGGUCAGCCUGCGAGCAGUAAUGACCAAAACAAUAAACAAAUGCCACAGUCUUCCAGUAUACUCGAUCAAGCUUUAUCCGUUGAAAGCGAUAGUGAUGAUGACCUCGAAGAUGCAGGAGGAAAUAAUGCGAGGAAUGAUGGUACAUUACUUGCCAGUGAUCCACCAAAACCUUUACCCGAAUUUUCUCCUUUCAGACCAUCCGCGGAUCCAUCGUCUACGUCGUCGCACAAUGCUCAGAACUCGCACCUCGAAGGUAAGCCGAAAGGUGGAGCACCGAAUCGGCCACUUCCACCAACCCCCGACGAAGAAGAAUCAGGAGAUCGUACGCUAGUCAUGAAACGGAAACUUAGUCAGAUGUCAGACGAUCGCACGGCGAACAUCAACACCAACACCACUACCACCACCACCACCACCACCACCACCACCACUACCAAUAAUAACAACAACAACCGACGCUCCGAGGCCGAGGAGCAACUCCUGCUCAAAGAGUGGGAUUUCACCCGUUUUUUCCAAGGUUUUAACGAACGAUUGGAUAAAAUGAAACAGCAAGAGUCGUCGCAAGAGUCGUCGUCGAGCGCAGAGGCGUGCAACAAGCCCCCCUCCUCCUCCUCCUCGGUUAACGAGAAUCACCUUUCCUCCUCGUCCACGGAGAAAACGUUAAAGAGGCAGGAACAAUUGUCGUCACGCAGAAAGUACGAUAAUCAGCAACAGCAACAGCAGCAUCAUCAUCAUCAAAAGCAUCAGCAACAGCAGUUGAAGGCGGUGCACAGGCGGCAAGAGAGCGACUCGAAGCUUGGUGGGAACACGUCCAGCGCUUUUGCACGCGCUUUCCGCCGUGAGAAUUCCGACUUUUUCCCGUCCGCGAGACACUCUGCAUACUUACAGAAGUCGGACACCUCGAGAUCGAGCAUAUUCUCGAGCGGGAACAGGCGUGGCAGCGAGAUAAGCGUUGCAGGUAUCGCCGGGAAAAAGGGGAACGCUGUGAGCGCCGGUGAACCGGUGCUUACAGACUUCUCGUUCGGUCGUGACGGUGUUCAGAGGCCUAGAAGGGAGAAAACCGAGAGCGAGAUCGUUUUUGGUAGUAGGCACGAGGCAAGAAGGCUCGACUUUGGACGCGAUAAAGAUGACACCGCGAGGAGGCGAUGUUGUAGGCCAUCGGACGCGGUUUCCGCCGCGGUCGACGAAGCGGGAACGAUUAAAUCUACGGCCAGUACAACGGCUAGCGAGUACAGCCCCAUUGUCACCCAGAAUCGAGAAAGCGGUGAUCGUUCGAGAGGCGGAGGCAGCGGUGGCGACUUCCAGAGGUCGGAUUCGUCUCCCGGAUCUCGGCCGAGCUCCGUGUUGCCAGAUCUCCUCACCUCGUCGCCUGGCCAGCGACAGGAUAAGACAACAAGCGAAGAGUACCGGCAAGCAGUUAAAUCACCACAACUACUUGCACAUCAACAGAAACAGAGAUCUUUCUUGACCUUUGGAUUUGGUGCGGGACCAGCUAGAAGGGAAUCUCAUGUAAAUGUUAAUGUGACACCGACCAGCCAUGACCUUACAUCUGAUACACCUGAAAUACGCAAAUACAAGAAGCGAUUCAACAGUGAAAUUCUUUGUGCUGCGCUUUGGGGAGUAAAUCUAUUAAUUGGUACCGAAAACGGCCUUGUGUUAUUGGAUAGAAGUGGUCAAGGAAAAGUAUAUCAAUUAAUAAGCAGAAGACGAUUUCAACAAAUGGAAGUUCUUGAAGGACAAAAUAUUUUGGUUACAAUUAGUGGAAAAAAGAAUAGAGUACGGGUAUAUUAUCUUUCUUGGCUUAAGAGUAAAAUUUUGCGAACGGAUGGACAUAGCGAUCAAGUUGAACGGCGCAAUGGCUGGAUUAAUGUUGGAGAUCUUCAGGGUGCGGUACAUUUUAAGAUAGUCAAAUACGAAAGAAUAAAGUUUCUUGUCAUUGCAUUAAAAGAUUCGAUAGAAAUUUAUGCUUGGGCUCCGAAACCUUAUCACAAAUUUAUGGCGUUUAAAUCGUUCAGUGAACUUGCACACAGACCAUUACUUGUCGAUCUUACUAUAGAAGAGGGUUCGAGAUUGAAAGUUAUUUAUGGCAGCGCCGAUGGUUUUCACGCUGUUGAUUUGGAUUCUGCUACGGUUUAUGAUAUUUAUCUGCCAAAACAUACUCAAGGCCCCAUUUGUCCACAUUGUAUCGUUGCAUUACCAAACAGUAAUGGCAUGCAGUUACUGUUAUGUUAUGAUAAUGAGGGUGUAUACGUGAAUACUUAUGGUAGAUUAUCUAAAACCAUGGUUCUACAAUGGGGUGAAAUGCCCACUAGUGUUGCAUAUAUCGGUACAGGACAAAUCAUGGGCUGGGGUAACAAAGCUAUUGAGAUUAGAAGCGUAGAAAGUGGACACCUUGAUGGUGUGUUCAUGCACAAGAAAGCUCAACGGCUCAAGUUCCUUUGCGAGCGUAAUGAUAAGGUAUUUUUCUCGUCAGCUAAAGGCGGAAGUGCGUGCCAGAUUUACUUCAUGACAUUAAAUAAACCUGGCAUGGCUAACUGGUGAUCCCGAAUAUGGCCAAAUCUGGCCCUCAAAUUAUCUUUACGAAUAAGGACACAAAAUCUUUCUCGUAUAUCGAGAUACGCAUCAUCGCCAUUCAUGUUAAUUCGUUUUUCACUGCCAGGAUUUAAGGCCAUGGAAAGCAAGCAAUGUUCGUAUUGGAGUCAACAACAUUAUCAAUAUCAUUUUCAGUCUUAUUACAAUUGUCAUUAUUAUCAUUAUCAUCGUCGACGUCGUCUUCGUCGUCGCCGUCGUCGCCUUCUUCGUCUUCUUCGUUAUCAUCGUCGUCGUCGUCGUCGUAGGCGACGUCAACAUUGUUAUCGUCAUCGUCAACGUCAUCACCAUCACUAUUACCAUCAUCAUCAUCAUCACCUCCACCAUAACUAUUAUCAUUUUUAUCCACAAGACCAUUAUAAUCUAUAUCGAUACGUUUGCUCGAGUAAUUGCACAUUAAUAAAAAAAUAUCAAACAUUCAAUAAAAUAUCUCAACAAUAUUUUCAAUUGUUUUUGCAAAGUUUACAAGCGAAAUUGUUAUUUUUAAAUAAUUUCGUACGAAAAUUUUUCUCCUCUUUUAAUUAUUCAUCUUACGUGAUGCAACUUAGCAUAUGAGAGAAAAAAAUGGUUCCUUCUUUACGGUAAUAUGCCUCUCGACAGAGGAAAAUAAAUAAGAAUAAAAUAUAUGCACAAACCAUUAUUACACCGAAUAAUAAUUCAUUAUGUUUUGCCAAUAUUUGAAUGUCAUUAUCAUUAAAAAAACUUUUUUUCAUAUUUAAAAGACGUAUUUAAAUAAACAAAAAAAAAAUAUAUAUAUAUAUAUCAUAAAAUAAUUUUAAAGUCAAGAUGAACGAGUCCAAAGUAAAUCGAAUCUUCCGAAAUAAUUUUGAAAUUGUAUAAAUAAUAAGUUAUUAGCGAUUCGUAACAGAAAUUAUUAUACUGUAUUGUUUUAAUAAGUGCAAAAGAAUUGUGCAAUAUCGAUGCUUUCAUCUAUAUAAACAAAAAAAAAAAAAAAAUUUCUCGUAAUAAGUUUGUAACAAGUGGCUGAACUUUUCUAUGAUAAUAAGAGAAAUAUGAACUGUCUCGAUAGUUGUAAGUGCAAAUACGCGAGCAAAAAAAUGCAGUGUGAAUGGAUUUUUGCGAUUUACAUUUCGAGAAAGAGAGAAUAUAGAGAGGACGCGCGCGCAAACUGAAAAAUAGGAGCAAUGUAUGCAAGGGGGGGUGUGUGUAAUGUAUGUUUUUAAAGUAAUUUUUGAUUGAAUGUAUUUUCUUUCCACAUUUAUAAAGAUUAUUAUAAUUGACGUAAUGAUAUCAUUCUUCGAAAAAGAUUUCUCCCAUGAUAUACAGUUAAAUGUAAUCGUACAUAUUAUUGCAUCAAGUUUAUAUAUAAGAUCUUUUGAAAAUGGGAGAGAAUAAUAUUGUUUUUAACAAUAUAAAAUAAUAGAAAAAUAGCGAUGGACUAAAAUGUUAUAACUAAAAUUAGGAAUAAGAAAGAUUAAUUACUAAUGUUAUUAACUGUAUAGUUUGUAGUAAUCGAUGGAUUCGUAUGUCCUAUUUCUUGCAAUUUAAGAUAAUAUGGCGAUGACGAUAAUAUCACGACGAUGUAAUUUGUGGCGUUGGAUAAAUUGCAUUUUUACGAGUAAUAGAUUUUAUGUUAGCAGUUUUUGAGACAUAAAGUGAUAAGGUGCAAAGAAAACAUUUUUCUAUUUCAUUAUUUUUUUCUAAGAUUUAAUAUACUUUUUAUGUUUAACUUGCACUCUCCUCUUUGCGAAAAGUAUUCGAUCGAAUACAGUCGCAUAUUUUUUUAUAAAUAAUCAUAGAAACGCGUUCAAUAUUUAAAUAAAGAAACAAUCUUGAUAAGGCGAUAUGCAUAGGAAAUAAUAUUUUCUUUCUUUCUUUUUUUUUUUUAUUUCUUAUUCGUUCAAUACUGUACAAAUUAAUAAUUAUUAUUUAUCCAUAAAUUCAUAAUUUAAUGGGCAAUUUUAUUGAAUUAUAUCGAAUUGAAUUAUAAACGUCAUACGUUAAAAUUGUGGCUUUAAUUAUUGAAACGUAUUAUAUGUAUAUCGCAAAUAUAUUUUAUAAUUUUGAAUAAGAAUAUUUUACACGGAACUUUCCACUAGAGAUAAUUUUAGUUUGAAUAGUUCUAUGUGUAAUUUAGAUGAGUUUAUUUUCAAAGUUUUAUUUUCAACUUCGUACUUCAAAUUUAAAUUGAGAUAAGAAUCGUUAUGUAAUUUAACGUUAACUUUUCUUUUAUAAUUGCAUCGAACCAUUUAUAUAAAUCGUGUAUAAAAUAUUUGUUACAUAUAAUAAGCACUUCGUCUAAACUGUUGAAUAAUUGUAAAAUUGUAAUUUCAUAACAUGAUGAGGGUGUAUACGUGUAAAAUUAUUUUUUAAUCGCUUAGAAGAGUAAACGUUGAAUAUUUGGUUGAUGUAUAAUUUCAACUGAAAAAAAAAAAAAAAAAAAAAAAUAAAAUAAAAAAAAUCUCCAGCAAUAAUGUAUCAAUUAGGGCAAGUUCUGAAUUCUGAUUAAAAAAAAUACUUAAUGUACACUCAUUUAUUUAUUUGUACAUAAAUAAAUAUAUGACGUGGUAUGUGAUAAAUGAUCAAUACGUCAUACUUAUUUAUUUGAAUGCGUUUCAAAACAUUUUUACGAUGUUCUUGGAUUUUAUAAUGAUUUAAUUUCUAAAUGAUUUUUUUAUUUUGAACAUCGAAAUAUUGGAAAAAAAAACGCAUUCAUAAUAAGGUUAGAUGCAAAGAGGAGGACAUCUAGCUAGUGCAACGAAAGACUGUUUUUUUGAACGAGAAAAAGAGUUUCUAUUGCGCUGGGAUGGAAGGAAAGGAACAGGGAGUGAUAAACAAUUGCGCGCGCGCGAGAGUAUGCGAGUAAGAGAGAGAGAGAGAGAGAGAGAGAGAGAGAGAGAGAGAGAAAAUAGAAUUUUUAGUGAAUGCUACACGUAUGGACGGUCAUUUACAAAUAAUAGGGAUUCCAAUAUUAUAAUGAUAAUAUUGCUACCUGUAACGGAUUCGCGGAUUUAAUUUCGUGCAAGAAUUCCUCUUAUUCUUUUCGUCACUUUCGGUUCCUUUGGUUAAUUACUAUGUUCCAUCCAUUAUUUUUACUUUUAUCAUCUUGCACAUUGUUUCCCAAAGAUGGUAGUGAUGAUUUUUUUUUUUUAAUAUUAUAUUAAUUAUUACUUUUAUAGUUUAUAAUUGCAUUAUUGUUGCGAUUAUUCUAUCUAUCCGUACGCCAUUAUGACCAUCACCAUGGUAUAUUAUGAUUACAAUGAUUAAAAUUACUACUAUUAUUACUAUUAGUAAAGUCAAAUAUACGGACAAUUUGUAAUUGA